UAAAAAGACCCUAAUAAAAAACCCAUCCAUCAACACGUUUUGGGACAAUAUAUUAUCUGAUUCUUAACCUAUUUGAUAAAGAUUCCCCAAACAUUACUUUACGUAUAUAUAUAAAUCUUAACAACAAAGGAAUGAUCAUGUCGUGAAACUCACACACAUUCAUUCACCACCUUUUCAAUUUACCCAAUUUCUCAUUGAUCCUUUCGAUUCGGUUAUGGAGAAAUACGAGCUGGUCAAGGAUAUAGGUUCUGGAAAUUUCGGUGUUGCCAGACUGAUGCGUCACAAAGACACCAAUGAACUCGUUGCCAUGAAAUUCAUUCAACGAGGUCACAAGAUUGAUGAGAAUGUUGCUAGAGAAAUCAUUAAUCAUAGAAGUCUUCGUCAUCCUAACAUUAUUCGCUUCAAAGAGGUGGUUUUGACUCCUACUCAUCUUGGUAUAGUUAUGGAGUAUGCUGCUGGUGGGGAGCUCUUUGAGCGAAUUGUCUCUGCCGGAAGAUUCAGUGAAGAUGAGGCUCGAUAUUUCUUCCAGCAGCUCAUCUCAGGAGUUAGCUACUGCCAUUCCAUGCAAAUCUGCCAUCGAGACUUGAAACUUGAGAACACGUUAUUGGACGGUAGCCCUGCCCCGCGGCUCAAAAUUUGCGAUUUUGGUUAUUCUAAGUCCUCUCUACUGCAUUCUAGACCUAAAUCAACAGUCGGAACUCCCGCUUACAUAGCACCAGAAGUUCUUUCACGUAGAGAAUACGACGGAAAGUUGGCAGAUGUAUGGUCAUGUGGAGUGACUCUUUAUGUAAUGCUGGUGGGAGCAUACCCAUUUGAGGACCAAGAUGAUCCCAAAAAUUUCAGGAAAACCAUUAAUAAAAUUAUGGCUAUUCAAUACAAGAUUCCGGAUUAUGUUCACAUAUCUGAAGAUUGUAAACAUCUGCUGUCUCACAUUUUCGUGGCAAGUCCAGCUAGGAGAAUCAGCAUUAAGGAAAUCAAGUCUCAUCCGUGGUUUUUGAAGAACUUGCCUCGAGAAUUGACCGAAAUGGCUCAAGCUGUUUACUACAAAAAAGAAAAUCCAACUUAUUCUCUUCAAAGCAUUGAAGACAUUAUGAGUAUUGUUGAAGAAGCUAAAUCUCCGCCUCAAGUGUCUAGGUCGAUUGGAGGGUUUGGCUGGGGAGGAGUAGAAGACGACGAUGAUGAAACAAAAGAAGCUGAGGCUGAGGUGGAAGAAGAUGAAUAUGAAAAGAGAGUCAAGGAAGCACAAGAAAGUGGAGAAUUCAAUUUAAACUAAUAACAAAGAAAUGUUUACUUUUAGAUAGAGUAAUAGAUUAUUGGUUUCCUUUGCUCUUUGGUUAAGAUCAAUUAGGGUAGGUGUGUUUUGUUCUCAUGUAUAAAAUUCAGUUUUCUUCAUAGAACAUAAUAUUUAAAUAAUGGCUGUAAAUUAUUCUAAACAUUGUACAAGUUUGUUAGUUGUGACCAUAUUAUAAGUAUUAAGUUAUGUUUUUAUGCUCCA